GCAAACACCUCGCGCAUCGUCGCGAGCAUUUUCGAAUAAAUUUCUGUUCAGGAUCGGAGCACGAGGAAUUUCCGCGGAAAUCAUCCGCGUGUCUAUAGCACUUUUGUGGAAGUGAAACUGCCUCUGACAUUCGAAAAGAUUAUCACACGAGAGCGUCGAAAAUGUUCCGCAACUUCGUCAAUAUUACAAGCAAAUACAAAGUCCUCCGCGGCAUGAUAUCGUAUGGCACCCUCUGGCCCUGUGGCUCCCUCAUCGAACAGACCAUGAUCGAGAAGAAGACAUUCCGAACGUACGACUGGAUGAAGUGUCUCAGGUUCAGUUUAUUCGGCUUCUUCUUCAUGGGGCCCACCAUUUAUGUGUGGAUCAGAUUGGCGGGCGUUAUGUGGCCGCGUACCGACAUUAAGUCAUCGCUCUGCAAGGCGAUCACCGAGCAGACCGCCUACGAUCCGAUGGCCAUCAGCUCGUUCCUCUUCUUCAUGACCUUGAUGGAGGGCAACUCGUACGCGGAGGCCAAGCGGGAGGUCAGCGAUAAAUUCCUGGACGCCUACAAGGUGGGCGUUAUUUAUUGGCCCUGCGUGCAGACGGUGAACUUCGCCUUCGUGCCGGCGCGAAACCAGGUCGUGUUUACCUCCUUCUUCAGCAUGUGCUGGACCACCUUCCUGGCCUACGUCAAGUUCCUGCAGCUGCAUCCCCCCGUGGAUGUGGACCACCACGCCCUGGACAUCCACUUCCUGGAGAUGUGAUUCUGGGUCGGACCCGCCACUAGUUGCCCCGAAAUGCGAUGGCACCGAAAGCACGCCCUUGGCCGGAGCUAAUGACAUGUCAUUUCUUUUGUAUAUAUUUAUUAUUAUUUAUUUUUUCCUGAUAAAUAAGUUUAGAUAAGUUGGUAGUUGGUGCUUUUCUCAGCACUGAAUUGCAGUUGGGCGUUUAGAAAUAAAAACGGGGGACGACUCUUGACAGUUCGAGAGAUCUUCAAAA